AUGAACAAUACAGACAUGUGUGGUCCACUGGAUGAAUAUAAAAAGCAAGUGAAUUUGCUGUCCAGAGAGCCCUGGUAUCACUAUGAUCUAUCUCGAGAUGAAUCAGAGAAGCGCGUUCGGCGAAACGGAGAGUUUCUUGUACGUAGUUCAGCCCAUACCCCGGGCGAUUUUGUUCUUACUUACAAGUGGAACGGCAAAGUUGCUCAUAUUCUUAUUAAACAACGUGCACGAAAAGGCGAUUCCACAGAGGAUUCCAAAUCCUUCCUCUACUCUUUUGGAGUGGUCGAGUUUCCUUCGGUAGCACAACUGAUAAAAUAUCACUGGACCAAUCAGCUUCCGAUGGCUGUUUCUUCCGAGGCUGUUAUAUUUCGACCAGUUCAUUAUGUCGGCGUCAAGCACGAACAAGGCUUACCAUGGAAACUUGGUCAAGAACCGCUGUCAACCCAUCGGAACAGCCCAUCAUCUCAGGUGACUCCGAUUUCUCGUGCAGCUGCAAAACUAAACGGUCUCGCGGGCUCAGUUUCCGAUGUGCGUGCUCGAUUUGUUUCAAAUAAUGUUGAGCCAAGCAUUAAAAGAGCUAGUCUUUUGGACUUGCGGGGUACCACAUACAUGGAUCCUAUGCUACUGGACGAUAUUGACUAUUGCCCCCCGGAAACGUUGGACAGCUCCCUUGGGUCAUUCCAAAUGCGUUCCAGCCAAAAUUCUCUUUUUGAUACGGGUGCUUUGACACAAUCAUCAGAGGCAAUCAACAUCAAGAAUAUGGGAUUAUCGGCCCCCGAUCCCGGUGAAUCAGAGAAUGGUUUGGCCGAGAACGAGUUGCUCAACGAUUCCAAGCCAGUCAAUCUGACGCGAAAAGGAAUUCGCUAUGUGGACAUGCACGAUCCGGUAGACAAUGCACAUUCGAGACCCAACAGUUUGAAUCAACUACCCCCUGUUUAUCCAUGUCAUUCCGAUAGCGUUUACCGAUCAAUCAACUACGAUCUAACCCGCGCUCUCCCUCCACUACUUUUACACCGAACUGGUCCGGUCGAACGUGCAUUGGAUCGCAAGGUGUGGUUUGAAUUAACCUGCCUCAUAUUCAGACGUGUUUUCAGUCCACUGGAUUACGCGGAUCAUCUUACUCUGGAUUUGAUUUCUCUACUACUGCCCAGUGGGUUGCUUGACCAUCCGGAACAGUCGUUCAAAUUGGGUUUAUUGGAUCCUAAGAAUCGGCGAUUGCGUCGGGAUUUGUACAAUCGCGACAACGAGUCGAGGCGUGUCAACAUCCUCGAGUUCUGGUUCGAAUUAGCUCAAUGUUUGCUCACAAUCUCUCGUGAUCGACACACCCUGAGCACAGUGUUACGGGCGAUUUUUUCAUCUAAAAUCCCUAAAACAGUUUGGCAGGCUGCCAUCACUGGUUCGAAUGCAAAAACUGCGAUGGCGCAGGAGUUGUCCGCGUGCCAUCGUGCUUUGGGUGGUGAAAUACAACCUGAGAGACACGGUUUAGCACCUGCGAGCACUUCCGUCUCUUGUUCACCAGUUGCCUCUGUCGCUCAGUUAUCUGUCAAUCCAUUUGAUUUCCGCAAUCAAAUCCCGAACUUGAAUCCACUUCUAACCGGUUCACUGACCGAGCCACGUGGGAGCACAGUUAAUUCAUCCUCGGGUAACGGACCGAUUCAAGAUCAAAGACUACCUACACCCGCCCGUCCGACCGAGGCCAUGCAGACCUACUUGGUUAAAGAAUUAUGGAUGUGGGAGCUGCAUUCUACGAUGCAAGAUGUGGUGAGUGCUUUGUUUGUGUAUACACCAAAAAUUUCGUGA